AUGCCACAAAAUGAUUAUAUUGAAUUACAUAGAAAAAGAUAUGGAUAUAGAUUUGAUUACUUUGAAAAGUUAAGAAAAAAAGAAGCAAGAAAAGUACAUAAAGAAUCCUUGAAAGCAAAAAAAUUAAGAGGAAUAAAAGCAAAAAUUUAUAAUAAGAAAAGAUAUACAGAAAAAAUAAAUCUUAAAAAAACUAUAAAAUCACAUGAACUAAAAGAUGUAAAAAGUGUUGAGAAAAUUCGUGAUGAAAAUGGAUUACCUUCAUAUUUAUUAGAUAGAAAUCAAAUUAAACAUACUCAAAUUUUAACUAACUUAAUUAAACAAAAAAGAAAAAAUAAGGCAGGAAAAUGGCAACUACCUAUACCUAAAAUACAAGCACUUAAUGAAGCUGAAAUGUUAAGAGUUGUAAAAUCAGGAAAAAGAAGAAAAAAAACAUGGAAAAGAUUAAUUGAUAAAAUAUCAUUUGUUGGUAAUGACUUCACUAGAAAAAAUCCAAAGUUUGAAAGAUAUAUAAGACCAAGUAGUUUACGAUUUAAAAAAGCUAAUGUAUAUCACAGCGAGUUAAAAGCAACAUUUUCAUUAGAUAUAAUUAGUGUUAAAGUUAAUCCUCAAUCAAAUUUAUACACUAAUUUAGGAAUUAUAACAAAAGGAACAAUAAUAGAAGUUAAUGUAAGUGAAUUAGGCUUAGUAACACAAUCAGGAAAAGUAAUAUGGGCAAAAUUUGCACAAGUUACUAACAAUCCUGAACUAGAUGGCUGCAUAAAUGCUUCUCUACUUGUUUAA